AUGAUCUCCUCCCUCUCAGAGAUGAAGAACCUCAGGUCACCUCUAGACCGUCUCCCCCUGGUCAUCCAACAUCCUUCCUUCUUUGAGAAUCCGUCUCAACACCUCUCGUCGUCGCGGUCGUCUUCGGCGGCGGGGCACUAUACUUGUCUCGACGGGGACCAACUCUUCCACCUGGACUAUCGACCAAAGUACGCUGUCAAGGACCGCCCCGCCCGCAAUGGCGUGGAUUCGGACGACGCCGUGGAGCGCAAGGAUAGCGUCAUGACCGAUAUUGCCGAUGCGGACGAAACUCUCGACAACAAGACGUCUCUGUCUGUGUCGCCGCAGGCAUUGUCAUCGGUUUAUUCGUCUGAGUCAGGUGGUAGUGAAGAGCAGACUGAGAUGACGAUGACGGUCCGCAAGUUGGUGAGGGAGUUUGAUGAGGAGGGGGAGAGUAGUACCGCGCCCUCCGAGGACGAGAAGAAGAAGGCCGAGGAGAUGGAGAUGGAGAGGCGUAAGAAGGAGAGAGAGACCCGGCAGAAGGAGAUGGAGAAGCAGCAGAAGAAGAUGAACAAGGAGAAUAAGAAGAAGAGGGAAUCCGCGACGUUGUUGUCCGGUGGUCCAUGGGGCGGCGACGCUCGAUGGGUGAAUGGUGGACGUGGGGGUAGGAAUAACGGGGGCUACGACGCUCCCGGUAUCUUUCUCCAACCUGAAGCUCCACGGCCUUCACCACCGACGCUAACUUAUCCCGUUGGAGUGUUCCCGCCCGAGCCAAAGAAGAGCAAAGAAGAGAAGAAGGCGAAGAAGGAGAAGGAAGAGGCUGAAAGGGACGAGCUCCUGGUACUGCCCAAGGUGCCGUGGUGCCACCAGAGCGGUGGGUGCCGCCAGAAGCGCGGACGACGGAGGAGGAAGAUGGCCGGGUUCGCGGCGCGGUCGGUCGAUUUGCUGCGUCGGCUUUUCGGCAAGGAGGGCAAGGAGAAGGAGGACAAGAAGGGCAAGAGGAGGGCGAGGUGUCGAAUCUGUGGCGAUGAGUUGGGGUUUGCGGUUGAGCGGGCUGAGUGGCAAGAGGAUAGAGAGUUGGGUGCUGCCGCCGCCGCUGCCGUGGGCAAGGAGUCGUCGAGCGGCUCCAAUGGACAAAAGUUGGAAGCGGACUCGGGCAAGAGGGACAUGGAUCAAACCGAGGCUGAUAUGAUAGCGACACCGGCGGGUGAAUCACGUUCGACGUUGGCGACUGUCCGUCUUACAAAGAUCCCAGAGGCGUGGUGGACGACGAUGUAG